AUGGUCACAGAGUGCCCCAAACUGGAGGAUGAAGAUGGAUGGAUAAAUGUUAAGUGGAACAAAGGCAGAAAAAAGAAAGAUGGUCCGGCCUUUUUUCCUGCUAAGGUGUUAAUGCUCGGGGACAACUACAGUGACCUUUGCAAGAAGAGGGAGGAAUUCAUAAAGGGUGAAGACAUCUGGAACCAAACACUCAAGAGGAAGACAAAGCCAAACAGUAGGUGGAUGGAGGAUGUGGAAGAGGAGGACGAAUGGCCAACAAAACAGCAAAAGAGCAAAAGGGCAACCUGUACCUCAAAAGAGACAGCAGACCAAAUGAUUGAAGACCUGAAGAAGGAGCUGGUGGCUAAGCGAGCAUCUUUAGAGUCAACUUCUGAAAAGGAGUCAUCAGAUGAGGACCUACUGCCCAGGAACUGGAGUAAGGCACAGCUGCAAAUAAAGGAACUUAAAAGAGAGAACAAGAGGCUGAAAGAAGGCAAUGUUGAAGACAUACUAGAUGCCAUGAGAGAGCUUCCGGUAGUAGUAACAAAGUUGAAAGAAGUAAUUGAAAAAGUCACACACCAGACCUCAACUUCUGCAUCCAACUGGUCAACACCAACAGCAUCUGUAGACUCACCAGCUUCUGCAUGCGUUUCUCCUGAAGUGGUGUCUGAUGAUAUGGCCAUGCUCUGUCGAAAUUUCCUAACAUCAGCAUCCAUGAUGUGA